AUGGAAGCCAUAGUCGAACAUAUACAGUCACUAGCAAAAGGGGCGAACGACGCUGAGAAACCUCACAUCGUCGAUGCGCUCCAGCGGCUCCAACAUGAGCUGGAGUCGCCAAUGGAUGUUCUUAUGAAGAUGUUCAACGCACAAAUCUCCCUCUCGGUUACCUAUGUUGCAGUCGAGCUUGGUCUCUUCCAGGAGUUGGUCAAACACGCUUCGACUGUCAGCGGGGCUCGGUUGACCGCGAAUAUCAAAGCAUCCGCGGAGUUGGUUGAGCGUCUCCUCCGAUAUUUGGCAUCUGUAGGCUUUCUCGACAAUCCAGAAUCGGCAGAGUAUCGACCCAACAAAAUCACUCAUUUCCUGGCCAGUCCCGUUGCCGCUGCUGGUGUUCGCCAUGCUCUGGACACUUGUGGUCCUGCGAUUCAAGCACUUCCUGCUUUCCUGGCUGAAAGACAGUACCAGGACAUCACCGAAAACAAAUGCACACCUUUCCAGAAAGGGCACAAAACGAACCUUGGGGCCUUUGAAUGGCUGGCUGAGCAUCCUGAGAACUUUCUUGCCCUUCAGCAGAUCAUGACCGCCAUUCAGUCCGCCGCUUGGCUCAGGGACAUAGAUGUGCUGAACUCAGCUGCCCUCGACGUCACGGCAGGCUCAGAGAGGCCUUUCUUUGUCGAUCUCGGAGGAGGACAUGGCCACCAGUGCAAGCAGCUGCUCAAUAAGUAUCCCAAUUUGGGUGGAAGUGUUAUUCUGGAGGAUCUUCCUCAGACGGUUGACAAGUUGCCUCCAAUUGACGGGGUCAAAGUGAUUGGGCAAGAUUUCUUCGAGAGACAGGCAGUUCAAGGCGCUAGGUUCUAUUAUCUUCGUCGCAUCAUGCACGAUUGGCCUGAUGCCGAGUGUCUCAAGAUCCUGUCCCAGCUCUCCGAAGCGAUGGCGAGCGACUCACUCAUCUUGAUCGACGAGAUCGUCCUUCCCGACGCCAACGUCCCCUGGCAGGCUGCCAUGCAAGAUGUCUCAAUGAAUAUCCUUUUCGCCGGCAAGGAGAGAACCAAUAGUGAAUGGGCCAAUUUGAUCGCCAGUUCCGGCCUGAAAAAGAGGGAUAUUGUGACCUACAAUCACUCGGCGUGUAGUUCCGUGAUUGUCCUAGGAAAAUGA